AAGCUGAUGAUGAGCCAUCAAAUAGCCUUAGUUGUCCUCUGAGAGAGACACUUUAGUCUCUUUGAAAGUAGAGGUGCCGUCGUUUGAGAGACGCUUUGGUCUCUCUAGAAAUAGAGCAGCCGUCGUCCCUAGCCCAUCUGGUCUAGAAUGGCUCAGUCGAUAGAUGAUUUUUCCCUUCCCCGAGGCAUCGCGAAGCUCGCGAAGACGAAGUCGUACGAUAGAUGGCUUCUCGACCCGCAGAAGCCUGCGAAGGCGCAACAGCAGCAGUCGCCCAAUCGCAUGGGCCAGUGGGCGGCAAUCGCCGUCGCUUCCGUCCUCUUCUCGCUCCUCCUCCUCAAUCCGACGGUCAUGGACGACACUCUCAGCUUCAUGAUGAAGCCAAUCAAUCCCAGCCACGUGGAAGUUUUUACCCGUGGGCUUGCGGCGCUCCAAUGGUGGGAGGACCAGUACCCUCCGCCAUCGCCGCCGGAAGACGCGGAGCUCAAGGAACAACAAUCGACUCGCGUUCAAUGGAAGACGUUUAGAAUAACGCGCGUCGCGGCGUUUAACGUCGACCGACGGAUAGUCAAGCAGACUAAGCAGGCGGGGUUCCAACUGGUACCGCUUGCCGCGCCGCCGCCUCUUAACGGCCUAAGCUGGGAUGAUAUCUACGCAGACAGGUUCGACGACGACCCGAGCCCGCAGUGUCCGAAGCUGCCGUCGCCGGAAUGGUCGCAGGAUCGUCGCACGGUGGACGCGAUGAUCGCACACAUGCCGUGCCAGCCGGUGAACGGGUCGUUCGCGAGAGACCUGCGAUGGCACCAGCUGCUGCUCGUCGUCGCCGACUACAUCGCACAGUCCGCGCGUCCCUGGAUGCCCGUGAUCGUUCUCUCCGACUGCCGCCCGCCGCCCAACCUCUUCCACUGCAACCGGCUGGUUCACCGCGACGGGCCCGUCUGGCUGUUUAACUUGACGGCCGCCGACAUGCGCCGCCGGCUGCAGCCCAUCGGGAACUGCGCGCUCGCCACUCCCGAGCCCCAGCCGCUGCCAGGUCAGCAGGCCGUCCCCGCCGCUGCGCGCCGAGUGGCGUACGCUACGGUGCUACACAGCAAGGAGGACUACGUGUGCGGGGCGAUCGCACUGGCGCACAGCCUGCGGCGGAGCGGAACGCGCGCGGAGCUGGUGGCGCUGGUGUCGGAGGAGAUCGGCAACUUCAGCCGCGCAGGGCUCGCGGCGGCGGGAUGGCGGCUGAUCGAAAUUGAAAGGAUCCGGAACCCGUAUGGCCGCGCCGGGACCUACAACCAGUGGAACUACAGUAAGCUCCGUUUGUGGCAGCUGACAGAGUACAGUAAGGCGGUGUUCGUCGACGCGGAUAUCCUCGUUUUAAGAAACAUGGACUACCUGUUCGAGUACCCGGAGCUAUCGGCGCGCAGCAACAGCCGGCGCUUCUUCAACUCGGGCGUCAUGGUGAUCGAGCCAUCGCAGUGUACAUUCGAGCUUAUGAUGGAGAACAUUGACUCCAUCCAAUCUUAUAACGGUGGCGAUCAGGGUUUCGUGAACGACGUGUUCUAUUGGUGGCAUCGGUUGCCCAAGUCCAUCAACACGCUGAAAUACAUCAACGCGGACGACGGGCCCAAGAGGGACUUCGAAAUCGAAACCCUAGACGCGCUCAUUUCGUCGGACCCGCCCACCAUCCACGCACUGCAUUUCCUGGGGAAGAAACCCUGGCGCUGUUACCGCGACUUCGACUGUAACAUUGUCAUGAACACGCACCGGAGGUUCGUGCAUCACAACGCGCAUAAGCUGUGGUUUGCGCUGCACGAUUCGAUGCCGGAGGAGCUACAGGAGCACUGCCUUCCGAAGAAUAACGACAAGGCUGGUAUCGAGUACAGAAUGGAGCUGCUUAGGGAAGAGAAUGCCCCGGCCGAGCUGUGGAAUUUCACCCUCACGGACCCGAGGAGAGAGAUGUGCGCACCGCAGCAGACUCACUGCAAAUGGCGGAAUAACCUGAAGGGGUUCAGGAAGAAUAAGAAGAGGGAUAUGGCGAAGGACAGGGAGAGGGAGGAGAAGCUAAGGGAGGAGAAGAGGAGACGGGAAGCAGAGGGACUUGAAUGAGAGUUAAGGCAAACAUCGUAGUCAUUCUAACUCUCUGGAGGGAGAGUAGGGGGACAGAUUACAAUAAAAACUGGGCACGAAGCUGACCCUCAGAAUUUCGGUCACACUCUAGGAUGGCCUUGUUCAUCUCUAAUUGCUGUUGUUGAGCUCGGUUCUUGUAUAGUUACCCUUCAACUCUCCCUCGACUGUUGCUGACACGGGUGGGCUGAUCCCCUUGCUGACAUGCCCGCUGUAGACUUUGGCAGCAAAUUAUCAAAGUGAAGGGGAUUGGUGGAGUUCCAAAUAAAGCGAACUGCUGGGG